AGCCAAAACCGAGAGCUUACACCCAAGCCGUCGAAUUGCAUGCCCAUAUAAACCUAACAGUCAUUCCUCGCCAUUUGUCACUGAUUAACACUCUCUUGAUGGUGUAUAUAUCGCGCCUCUGUUGGAAAUGCCUGCCAAUUGUUUGAUAAAAUACCCAUUAAGGACUUGAACUCUUUCUGUAGUGAUUUGCCGUUGUAUGGUGGAUGAGAAGUAUGAAAAAGCUAUAGCUAUGUUCAUUAAAAUGCAAAAAAAACACCAAUAUCACCAUAGCCAGGGAAUCCUCAAAUCCCCAGUUUCUUGGAUUGUGGUUUGCAUUUUGAGCCUGCAUUUCAAUGAUGAAAUUGAGAUUUGGGAGACAAAUACGUGGUCGUAUUGAAAGCGGGCUAUUCCACAAAUUUGUUUCUGAGCAGCUCCCUGAUUAACUUUUAUGGAAAAUUGGGAUGCUUAGAAGGUUCUGAGUUUGUUUUUUAUGGAUCAAACAGCUUAGCGCAACACGGUUAUGUGGACAGCUAACAUGGUUUCGACGAAGUUAUUUAUACGUUUAAUGAGGUGGGAAGGUAAGGAGUGAAGAAGAAUAGCUUUACAUUUUCUACAGUUCUCAAGGCUUGUGGGAAGAUGAGGGACAGUGGUCGACCAGUCCAUCCAAUGUGAUAAAACAAGGAGUUAAUUUAAAAAGUUGUGAGUUGUGUGUAGGUUUUUUUUUUGAUUGAAGAGUUGUGUGCUUGUUGACAUGUAUGGAAAAUUUGGGUUAGUGAAAGGCGCAAGAAGAGUGUUUGAGAUGAAUGGUGUAAAGAGAAAUGCUGCAUGUUGGAAUGCAGUGCUUAAAGGUUACAUACAACGAGAGUUCUGCAUUGAGGCUGUUAAGGUUCUUUAUAAGAUGAAGGCGGCUGGCUUAGAACCAUGGGAAUCGCGGGAAUCGUUGUUCAAUGUAGUGCAGUUUGUUAGUGGGAAAUUGAAGAAAAACCACAAUCUACCCCCACCACCACCAAAAACUUCUCAACCGACAAAGAACUACAAACCAUCAAUAUACACUUCAAAAAGAGCAGUACCACCAGCUCCACCGCCGGCAAGGAGGCCAGUAGAGCAGUCUCUACCGGCGAUCAUCUUCAACACAUUCGACGACAUCAUAAACAACUUCAUUGACCCACCUCUCCGACCAUCGGUAGACCCAAGACAUGUACUCUCCGACAACUUUGCCCCUGUCGAAGAGCUCCCUCCGACGGAGUGUGAGGUGAUAUAUGGCUCCCUCCCACAGUGCCUCGACGGCGCGUACAUCAGAAACGGCCCAAACCCACAGUUCCUCCCUCGUGGACCCUAUCAUCUCUUCGACGGCGAUGGAAUGCUUCACGCUAUCAAGAUUUCUCAAGGUCGAGCCAUUCUCUGUAGUCGCUACGUCAGGACCUACAAGUACGUCGUGGAGAGAGACGUGGGCUCUCCGGUGAUCCCUAAUGUCUUCUCCGGCUUCAAUGGCCUCACCGCCUCGGCGGCGCGUGGUGCAGUGACCGCCGCCAGAGUAUUUGCCGGACAAUUCAACCCCGGCAACGGCAUUGGCCUUGCAAACACUAGCUUGGCUCUCUUUGGUGACAGUCUCUAUGCGCUCGGCGAAUCCGACCUCCCUUACGCCGUAAAAGUGGCCGAAGACGGUGAUAUCGUAACCCUAGGUCGCCAUGAUUUCGAUGGCAAGCUUUUCAUGAGCAUGACAGCACACCCCAAGAUCGAUUCCGACACCGGAGAGGCAUUUGCUUUCCGGUACGGACCUAUGCCACCGUUCUUAACCUUUUUCCGAUUCAAUUCCGACGGGACAAAACAAGCCGACGUCCCAAUCUUCUCCAUGACACGACCUUCCUUUCUUCAUGACUUCGCCAUUUCCAAAAAAUAUGCCAUCUUUUCCGACAUACAAAUAGGGAUGAACCCAGUUGACAUGAUCGUCGGAGGUGGGUCUCCGGUGGGUACAGAUCCAGCAAAAGUGCCUAGACUCGGAGUAAUCCCAAGAUAUGCUAAGGAUGAAUCAGAGAUGAGGUGGUUUGACGUGCCGGGGUUCAAUUUAAUACAUGCCACUAACGCAUGGGACGAGGAUGGUGGCGAUGCAGUGGUGAUGGUGGCUCCGAACAUAUUAUCGGUGGAGCACACGUUGGAGAGGAUGGAUUUGAUACAUGCAUCGAUGGAGAAGGUGAAGAUUGAUCUCAAAACCGGGAUUGUGACUAGACACCCAGUCUCCACCAGGAAUCUAGACUUUGCAGUGAUCAAUCCGGCUUAUGUGGGGAAGAAGAACAAGUAUGUGUAUGCGGCGGUGGGGGAUCCAAUGCCGAAGAUAUCAGGGGUGGUGAAGCUCGACGUAUCAGUAUCAGAAGAUGACCGCCGUGACUGCAUAGUAGCUAGUCGGAUGUUCGGACCUGGCUGCUACGGCGGCGAGCCCUUCUUUGUGGCAAAAUCGCCGGCGAAUUCACAGGCUGAUGAGGACGACGGGUACGUAGUAACCUACGUGCAUGAUGAAAACACAGGAGAGUCGAAUUUCUUGGUCAUGGACGCCAAGUCACCUGAUCUUGAAAUUGUCGCCGCCGUGAGGCUGCCCCGCCGUGUGCCGUACGGUUUCCACGGCUUAUUCGUGAGGGAAAGCGACCUGAACAAGCUGUGA